CACAUAGUUACGCAGGCGUACUGAACUAGUGAUCAUUUCAUUUAAUAUUAAUACGAACAUUUUCAAGUGAAAUAUCGUGAACGAUUUGAAGUAUUCCUGAGUUUUGAAUAAUUGCAAAGAUGGAAUCUGAUAGUGACACUGAUACGGUAAUGGCCGACGAAAUGGAUAUUAUGGGCCUGCUGCGUAGUUUGCAACGAGAAAAUGCGAAGAAUAAGUUAUCGCGGAGAGACAUUUCACAAAUUAUCGUCCAGUGGUAUUUAAAGAUAAUGGGAUUCAUCCAGGUCGAUGACGAUAAAUUUGAACUGAGAGCCUUUGGAAUGAAUACUCCGUUCGAAUUUACAUCGAGGAUUGAUGAAAGAAGCUUUGGGUUAUCACGUCGCCCGUAUUCGGAUAACAACAAUGCAUAUCGUGCUAAUUCAGCGUCAUACGCUUUCCAAAUAUGUCCAUCUUUAAAUCUAGAGCAAUCCUACGUCGAGAAAGACGUGAAGAAAUUACGUGCUGAUAUGAAGAGGUUGCACUCCAACUUAAAAGAAGUUUGGGAGAAUAUUCCAGACGAUAGAAGAUAGAACACCAUGAUUAUCGCAAGUAGAAACAGAAUAGGUAUUGUAAUGUUGUUAUCGCUGGUUAAAUGCUCACAAGCUGGAGUCAACAAAGGCAAACGUAAUACCCUCAUCGUAGGCAGUUUUAAUUUAUUUUGUUCUCCAUUAAAAUUUAAUCAAUUUAUUUGUAAUUUUUAGACAUUUCUUUUAUACAUUAUUUUAAACA